CAGCUGGCCGCAGUUCACCUCGGCUGACCCGAAUCCAACACACUGUGGUUUUGUGUUUAUUUUGGCAAACAAAAUGGCAAAUGCUGCCGGAUCCAGUGGUUCAGGCGGCGGCAGCGGGAACUCCGAGGAGACGCGGCGCAUUUGGGUGGGCAACCUGGACUCGCGCAUCACCGAGUUUCAACUCCUCAAACUGAUGCAAAAAUGCGGUGCCAUCGAGAAGUUCGACAUGCUCUUCCACAAGGGCGGCCCCAUGGUUGGCCAAUCCCGGGGCUAUGCCUUCGUCACCUUCGCGCAGAACGAAGGAGCCACCAAUGCGCUGCUAAAACUGGACGGAACCAGCGUGGGAAAUCGCUCAAUAGCUGUGCGUCUGGCCAAAAACAUCAAAUAUGACGACCUGCAGAAACCGAAGCCGCGGCUGGAGAUACCCGCCUUGGGAACCGGCAAGCGCGAGGAGAAGAUCAGCAAAACUGAGGCCAUUCGCGCCAUCGAGGCCAAGCUGAAAGUCUUGGAGCGGCAGACGGACGACAAUCUCGAGCUAAACACAGCGGGCAGAGGGGAGGCCAACGUGCCUUUCAUACAGCGCUAUCAGUUCAACAAGGACCGGGACGGAUCGCAGCGCUACGGCAAGUCCUCGGCACCAUAUCAUCGACAGCAGCGUCCCAAGCGGCGCUAAGGUCUCUGACUGAGCCACCGUCUCACCCCGUAGUCUGUAAAAACUUUAGUACUUAGGCAGCUACCUCAGCAGACGAGCCUUGCAGGUGUAAUUUACAAUUAAUUUAUUAAAAAAGAAACAUAUAA